AUGGGUCGUUCUUUUAAACCUAAAGUAAACUCAUCAGUCGACUUGGAGUGGAAAAUAAAUACAUGUAAGAAUGGGACACCAAACAAAGAGAAAGCAGUGUCGAUUUAUAUCACUAAUUUCCCUCCUAAUAUGGAAUCCCAAGAUCUGUGGAAGAUGUGUGGAGAAGUUGGAACUGUUUCCGAUGUUUAUUUGGGUCGUAAGUUAUCUAAGUUGGGGAAGCGAUUCGCGUUCGUUAGAUUCUUGAGGGUGCAAGAUGAGUCGGAGUUAGCAAGGAAAUUAAGUGCUAUCUGGAUCGGAAAUCAUCACGUUUUUGCAACUGUCGCUGGGUUUGGGAGAAAACAAAAACCUUUUCAUCAACUAGAAACAAGGAAAGAAGAGGGGAACUCAAACAACGAUCUUGAAAAUGUUGUUACUGAGAUGAAAGACGGCGUUACAAAAGCGGAGGGGAAAGAAGAUCGAAUCAGUGCGUUGCCAGAUUGCCUGCUUCAUGAAAUCCUGUCUCGUUUACCCACCACAAAAGACGCCAUUAAAACAGAUACACUCUCUAAGCGAUGGAAACAUCUUUGGACUUGGGUUCCUUCUCUGAUUUUCAGAGAUGAUAAUUAUCCGCCGUUGGAGUUCGCUUCGUUCAUCUACAAAACCUUAAGUAAAUUUCACGGAUUGAAGCUCAAGAAAUUCCAAGUGUUUACCAUCAAUGGUCACCAUUAUCAUAAUCGAUAUAAUAUUUGUCGGCGAUUUGAAGCACAUGCCAACAAUUGGAUUCGUUAUGCUAUGAAUUGUAACGUUGAAGAGCUUAACUUCGAGUUUUGGUGUACGGGAAGUGAAGCUGCGGUUUUGUUAGAUCAAAUUUUUUUCAUCAAUUCAUGUUUUACAGAUCUGAGAUUAUUAGGCUGCAAGUUUAAUCCUAUAGGGUCGAUUAGUUGGAAAAAUCUUAGGAGUUUGUCUAUUUUCCAUGGGAAACUAGAUGAAGACUUGAUUGAAAAUAUAUUAUCGGGGAGUCCUCUAUUGGAAACUCUGGAGUUGGGUGAAUGCUAUGGUUAUAAGCGGCUUGAUAUUACUUCAAAGAGCCUCAAGAACUUGGUGUUCUCCGGAUACUUGGAUAUGGACAAUUAUAAUGGUGGUGAUCUGUCGUUACGGAUGCUUUUGUUGUUAAAUGUGGCUUCUUUAGUCAAAGCUAAAUUAGAUUAUUUUAAUCUUGGGGAUUGUGAACCAACGCCAGUGGGAGAAGGGAUGCUUAAAGGAUUUAUAGUAAAUCUCCGCCAUGUCAAGGAGCUUACUAGCUUAGAAUUGAGGGCUUCUCUUCUUACGUAUAAUUUUUUUUUUGCUUUCACAAUUUAUGUCUUUAUUCUUAAGCUUUUGGAAGCUAAAGGUUUCAUUUUCCCACCAAAUAUCAAGGCUCAAGAUUCCAUCUGGACUUCCUUAGUGGCAGGUUCAAAAUGGGAGUGCAUACCAUCUUCAUUCGUUUCAGUCUCAUAUCUUCAAGCCUUCCGCUCCUCUUCGUCAUAUCUAUGUCGCCCUCCACCUUCUAUCGUCAUCACCAUCACCGAUUUAGCAUCCACCAGCGGUCGAGCUGGCUGCCACCGCUCAGGAAUUGGCCACAUCAUCGUCGUUGCCCUGCUCUCGCUGUCAUUCUCCACCAACUCACCCUCUAUUGUCAUCUCCCUCCACUCGGUUCUCUCCGCCUUCAUUGAAGAAGAGGUGAACCCACAUAUCAAGAACAGGGGACGAAAAUGGGGAAGAAAGGUAACAGAUACACAGGAAGGAACGGGGGACACAUAAGACAAAAAUAUAUUAGAAGAAUACUUUUAUUUUCAAAGGAUCUAAUUAAAGUGUAAUUGUGGACUCAAGCAUUCAUAUAGUGGACUAUGGGAGAAAAUGCAUUCAAGGAAAGCCACAAGGUGCAUCUGAAAAUGGAUAUUUGUGGAAAAGAGUGAACUCGUAGGCUAACC